AUGUUUAAGAAUCUGGGAAGCUGGCUUGGAAUUGAAAAUGAAAAUGGACAAGGUAAGCAACAUGGCGAGUCUAUUGUUGAUGUUAAAGAAGACCAGAAUCACGACGUAAACAAACCGACUGCAGCUGCUGAAAGUGAGCCAACCAAAGCUGCUAAAGAAGAUGUUCAACCAGCUCAACUUCUGCAGACAGCUAAGGGCGUCAGUGGUUACAUUUAUAAUUUCGCCAGCAGUGCCUCCAAGAAACUGUCUGAGUCCGUGGUGGAAACAGCACAAACCUUCAAGAAAAGUGUGGAAGAGGGAAAGAUGAACGGGAUCAUCGAUAAGACAAUUUUAGGUGAUUUCCAGAAAGAACAAAAUAAAUUUGUUCAGGAGAAAAAGGCAAAAAAAUCAGGUGCUGCUGUGCCUCCGUGGGUUGGUUAUAAUGAAGAAGAAACUAUGCAGCAGCAGAUUUUAGCCCUCUCAGCUGACAAAAGGAAUUUUUUGCGAGAUCCUCCUGCUGGAGUGCAAUUUCACUUUGACUGUGAGCAAAUGUAUCCGGUCGCCAUGGUGAUGUUGGAGGAGGAUGAGCUCCUUCGGAAGAUGCGCUUCCAUCUGGUCCCCAAACAGGUGAAAGAGGAGGCCUUCUGGAAGAAUUACUUCUACCGUGUGUCCUUAAUAAAACAGUCAGCUCAGCUCACAGCUCUCGCAGCCCAGCAGGCUGCUGAGCAGAGAGGCGUGGAGAAAACUGGCACCAGUCCUGAGGAGGUUCAACAAAAGGAUGUUGUUAAACAGAAAACUCAUGCUGCCAACCGCAGAAACAAACCAAAGUCAAGUGAGGACGAGGAGGAGCUCUCCACCAGCCCGCCUGUGUCUGAAUUUGUGAGCGAUGCUUUUGACUCAUGCAGCAUAAAUGAGGACGACCUACGCAAAGAAAUGGAACAGCUGAUUCUCGAGAAGAGGGAGCAUCCAGACGCCCAGCAGGAGGAGACUCCUGACUGGGAGCGAGAGCUGCAGGACGAGCUGCAGGAGUACGACGUGCUGCCUGACAACGAGAACCACGAUGACAACUGGGACAGAGAGAUUGAAGAGAUGCUAAAAGAGGAGAGUUAGAGCUCAGGCACGCGCUCCACCAGAUCUUAACUGUUUCAGAAUCACCUUAAAGGUCAGAAAGCGACACAUGACUGAAGCUUUAAUGCUCCCAGUGGAUUCAUUCAUCUUUAUACCUGGGACUCAGAGGGAAUCGUAACACUGAACCUCAUCAACAUUUCAGUGUGCUAUUUCUGUGUCCUGAAUGGUUCUUUGGUUUAAUGCAUAAAUAUUUAGCAUUGUCUCCUUCAGUUAAGAUAAAGGGAGGUGUUGUCCUGCGUACACCUCCUCAGAGAACACACAGUUUGUCUCAGAUUCUGCCUCAGACUUUAAGGUGAGAUGAUAACUUUUGAUGAUCAGUGUCGCUGUUGUCACAAGUGAGAAAAUCAGGAUGAAGGAAGAUGAUAAAAUAUUAAGUUAAAGUACAACCAAGACUCAAAAAAGAUUUUGGAUGCUGGCUAAAACCUGAAUACUUGUGUUGGUUUACUCAUAUGUUUUGUUAUAUUUUAGUAUUGCUCAAACAUAUACUCUAGUAAAUAUACACUGUUAUGGGGGCGCCUGAUAUGUGAGUGGUUAUGUCGAGCUCCCCAUGAACAAAGGCUACAGUCCUCAUCGCAGUGAACGUGGAAUCUUACCUCGGCCAUUUGGUGCAUCCACCACUCUCUCUUUCCAACAUUUUUUGUCUCUCUUCAGAUGUCCUGUCCAAAAAAAGGCUAAAUGUCCCCAAAAAAACAUUUAGUUUAAUUAAGGUGUACACAGCAUCUUAACUUUUUUUUAUCAAGUUCUUGGUGAAAAAUCACAGAUAACACAAACCAGCUCAGCUGCCUGUUACACAGCAUCCAAAGGUUACUACCUUUAGCUGCCUUUAAAGCCCAGAAGCUACCGAAACAUCAGGCCCAACUAUGAGUAUAGAAUUGAGUAAGGGUGCAUAAAACAUCCAGAUAAUGAAGGCACAAAUACGGUCUAGAGACGUUUUGACAUGUGCACUCAGGAGGACUGCUCCUGAAAUCUACCAUUGUUCACACAUUACAGGGGCCCAGGGUCUCCUAAAGCAAGAAGCAACAGAGUCCACUAUGCAACACUGCAAUGAGAAUGUUUGCCUUAAUGUCAAUGCUAUGUGUAGUUCAACUGAAUCACAACAUCAGAAGUAGAGCAUACUGGAGAGCAGACACCAUAAUGCAGACAGUCUAUGGUCACACCCCAAUCACAGGGAAUAAACGUCAGCAUCCCCUCCCAAUCACUCAAGGUAUAUUCUCCUGAUUAUAUCCUGCUGCGUUCUUACAUCGGUUCACUCAGAUUUUCUGUGGGAAAAAUCCUCGGGGGGCUGGCAGAAGAAACUUUGGAUAAAGUCAGAGUGAAAAAAAUGUGUCUGUUUGUUGUUCACACAUGCAGCUCACCCUGAAAACUUCAGGAGCUUUUCAGGAGUUUUCUACAAGUGUGAACAAGGCUUAACUUUUACAGUUGAAUUUUUAAUCCUAAACUGCGGAAAUAUCAUUCAAUAAAACCCAUAUACGUGUAUAUUUCUUCAAGAUAUUUUCACAUAACCAGUAGAGUAUAUUAUUAAACAACGUUUAUCCUUUGACUGAGACAACAUUGUUCAUCAAUAAAAUGCUUGAUGAUGCUUUGAUAGCCUAUAAGAUGUGAUACUUUUUAAACUUACUUUACAUUAACAGUGCCUUCCUGUGUUUAUAGUAUGUUUAUCCUUGGAACGUGGGAAUUUUAUCCAAAUGAUGAAAGUGAAUGACUGAAUAUGAACACACACAAGCACACAUCCUUUAUACUGUAGCUGCUGAUAUAAUGUGUAGACAUUCCAAACAAGCCUUUUGUUUGUACCAGGAAAAUAGAGCCAUAACCCAUCAUGUUUUAUUAUUAUCUACUGUGAUUUCAAACUUCAGUUAUAUUUUUAGUUGUUAUAAUGGCUGUUCUGUCUGAUGCUCGUUGAAGUGUUUCUUUAAAGGUUAUAUGUGGUUUGUUUUUCUUUGAGACAUAAAAACAUUAAAAGUGCCUUCAUUAAAAAA